AUGUCCUGGUUGGAAAGUCUCAAGUCUUCCACGGCAGCGCGGCUGGUUUCAGAGGCUGCAAAGGAAAUUUUCACUGAAAGCACUGCAGAAAUCGAUGACCCAGUAGCUCAUUUAAAGAAUUCACGAAUUCGUAUAAAUGAGUUGGAAAAUCUAGUUUGUCAAUUUAAAUCCGAGAUUCACAAUUAUCAAAAAGAAAUUGCUGAUCUGAAUUUAUGUAUCGAAAACCUUGAAUUGCGUGCUGUAAACAAUCAAGAGGAAAGCGACUCACGCCUUCGUGAAAAAGAGAAGAGAAUUUGUGAGUUGCUCGAGCAGAUAAAAUGUCGAAGAGAAGAACCCGAAGGUGAAUGUAUGCCAAUGAAAUAUCUUCAGUCCAGUAACUCAUUUCCGCUUAACCUUAAUGAUUCUUCCAAUGGAAAUAUGAUAAAUAUCGAAAGUAACCAUCAUUUAACAAGCGACUCUGAAGAGAAUUUACUCAAGGCGGAGCUCUUACGUAAAUGUGAGGAGAUCGAGGAGUUGCGUAAGGAACUGGAGCAGAGUCGUGAGGAAAAAUACCAGGAAGUUGCCGCUUUGCAAGAGUCAAAUACAGCUCGCCUCGUCAGACUUCAGGAACGUCUGCGGUAUCUUGAGGAAAUCCAAGCGUCAAAGGCUGUCGCUUCCCAAGAUCUCCCUUCAUUAGAUUCUCCUACAUUGUCUGAUGCCGCUGUACAGACUGAGAUAUCACCCGCUGUGGAAACAAUUCAUUCGGCCGAUGUGGUUAUCCAAACAGAUGAAAUUAAGACUGAAGUAUCAGACUUUGACCGAAAAGAAGCCGACAGUGAGGUGAUCGCUGAAGAAGACGGAGAAUACGCAGAGAUGGAGUUAAAGGUGGCCCGUUUUGAACGGAUCAGUGAGGCUCUCUCUAGCGCUGUCUCGCUUUUACCCCCACCAUCCUCGGAGCCGUCGGUGGGUCCUAUGGUGUGGCCUCCACAGCAACCUGAAGCACAAGUCGCUGUUCUUGUCGCGGCGGAAGCCGCCUCACGGCAAGAACUCAUGUUGGCCCGUGACUACAUUACCCAAAUGCUCUCCCAACAGUGCUACUCUUCUCAAUCUGAUGAGCUCUCCCAACUUCUACUAGAAACCCUCACCGCAUAUACUAAGUUUCAUCAUGGUGAAUGCACUCUCUCGGACUUUGAACAGGCUGUGAAACCGUUGAUUGAGAGAGACGAGUCCUAUGCCGAAUUGAUUGAGCAGCUUAAAGUGUCUCCUCUUGAGAAAUGCUUAAAUGAAAUUUGUUUUCAACUAGAAGAUAAUGGAAGGCUCACAAAGAAUAUAGAGGACUAUAAUAACCCAAGUGUCGAAAAACUUGUCAAACUACUUUCUCGGAAGAAGAAAGACCCACUUCGAGAGUUCUUGUUGACUGGAGCAGGAAGAGUUGACCCAGAGGAUCAGAAAAUUGUUGAUAGAUUCAAUUUCCUGAUCAAGGAUUCGGAAUACAAGAAAGCUCUGUGUGAUAGCUUACUACAGCUUCUUGAAAAUAGCUCAAUAAAGUUAGAUAUGGAAAACCUUGACUCUGACGGUAUUAUUAUCGUCAAGCGAGUGGCUGAUGCACUCUCAACGAAAAAUAAGACUCUGAAUAUGGUAAAAGACGAAACAGUCGAAAGCAUUCGAAAUCGGUUAAAAGCUGUCGAUGUGGCUACACUGUCGCCAGAAGUGAGGUCUGCAUUUGAACUCAUCAAUUCCCUGUUUGAUUUUAUUGACGCUGGAGAUGAAUCAGACCCUAAUUUGACAACCACAGUUGAUUUAUUAAAAUUACUUUCUCAACGUACUUAUGAAGGAAUGAUGCCCCAGACUGGUUCGGAUUACAAGCUUCGUGAUUAUCUGAAGGGAUUGAUGAUGAACUCCAGUUCUCUAGAUCUGAUUUCCUUGUGCCCUGAUGAUCAGGUUCUUGUGAAUCACCUUGUUGAAAAGAUGAAUCGUGAAUCCAUCCAUAGCACGGACUUACCGGCUUUAGUAAAUUUACUGAAAUCUGUUACUGAAGAAAUUCAGGCGAAUCAGUUGGAAGGAUUACAGCAGAAGAUUAAAUCAUCGCAACUAGAUCAAGAGGUGACACAGAAUUUAGAAAAUAUCAUAGUGGGUUACACAAAUCUCUGGGCCAUGUAUACACAGGCGGAGAAAGACAAGAUUGCUCUCGGGCAACUUGUGAGAAGUAAGCAUGAGGAGAGUAAGGCCUAUCACGCCCAAUUGCAGAAACUUCUCGCUGAAAGACAGUCUACUGGUGCAAUUCGAAGUGAAGAGGCGGCUAGAUUGCAAGCCAAGAUUGAAAGGUUGGAAUCGCAUUUACUUCAAGCAGAAGAGAACCACACUCAGGAGGCAGUGCUAGCUGAGGAGCGUGAAGCUUCCCUACGCGAGACACUGGCUCGAACCGAAGCAGAGGUGGGGGAUCUGAAGGAGUUUAUAGAAACAGCCGAAGAACGCAUCGAAUGUGCUCGCGAGGAGCGCGAUGCAGCAAAAGAAGCAGCUCGUGCCUGUCAGAACGAACUUGCGGCUCUUCGUGUCAACCAUAAUAAUCUGCUAAAGGCACUCGAUUCUCUUGAGAAGGGUAUGUUUGUACUGAGCUUUAGCAGUGGCUGUAGGGAUAUUGCUGCGUUAUAA